GAAUGUUAACCACGGGCGAUUGUCAUGUCGGAUGGAUCCGGCAACUUGGAAAAUUCACCGCGCUUCUCCCCUUCACGGUUCGGGUUCGUACUGUCAUUGACCAUCCUAAGCCUUUGAAAUAGUUUGUUGUUGGGUCUUCCACGGUUUGCAUCGUCCCGAUAGCUUCUGCUGUGCUUCCCCAACGCUGUUGGACUCUUGUGUCAUGUACCGACUCUCAAGCGUAAGCCGCUCCUGCUACCUGUGGCCACCAUCAGUGCUCAUGCUUACAUCCUGGCCCCCUACUCUUGCGUCGAUGGCGGCCGAUUACCCGGACAUUCUUUCCCACCAUUCAUGUCCCGUUCAAAUCCGAUGGGGUACUCGUCAAUACUCGCGCCAUCCUGCAUCUACCGAUCCUAUCAUCUCAUUUGUGUUCCAAACUCUUGAAUACCCGAACAAUCCUGUCUCUUUAUAUCUGUUCGCUUCGUCCAACUCCGCAAUUUUCCCAUUCUUGGUCUUGAGACUUUCUUAGCGCAAGGCAGUUUUUUUUCGAAAGGCUCGCCACUUACCGCCAUCUCAGCGAGCCUUCUCGCGCGCGAUUCGGCUGAUGGUGAGUUCACACUCUACGA